AACGCGCAAAAUUCGAAAGUGGACCGGAAGUAAAAACAACCGCAAGUCCACAGACAGCAGGAGGAUCCUAAUGUUUUCUUUUUUUAAAGUAUAUUGUCCGUUGACUAAGUUUUAGAUAGGCUACAUUACGUUUUUAUUAUAUGUACGUACUAGGUUGGAAAGUUCAUUCGUAUUCUAUCUCUGUUGGUUUGCUUGCAAUGCAUGUGUUGAAUUAUACAGGGCAAGAUAGCUAGUUGACUGGCUGUUAUUGCUGCUCAUAGCUAACGUACAAGCUGGUUUUGUGAUUCUAAAACUGUUCCUGCUGUGUCAAUCGCUGUUGGAUUAGGAAAGAGUCAAGACGUCGGUAUGUUUAAAUUCAAAUAUCAAGGGAGCGUGAAAGAUCUGGCGUCUCUCGAUCCAAUGACCAGUCGCUGCUCCCGCCUCAACCACCUACUGCAGGGAAAGAUAUCCAACCAUGGCCUACAGGGUGGGGUGAAUGUGACGAGGGAGGAGCUGUUGGACGCUCUGCUCCUUCUCUACCAGGAGUGCUCUUCCCCAGACUUGAUGAAGAUAGAAUAUGUGGCCAACUUUGUCAACAAGUACUCUGAGGUGGUGUCAGAGUUACAUGAGUUGCAGCCUGGGUUGCGGGACUUUGAGAAGCGCGGGGUGGUUGGACGUGGCCGCUUUGCUGAAGUACAGGUGGUCCGAGAGAGAUCCACAGGAGAUGUGUGUGCCUUGAAGGUCAUGGAGAAGGCAGGCCUGCGCUCCAAAGAAAAUGUGUUCUAUGAGGAGGAGAGGAGGAUACUGGCUCUGAGCUGCAGCCCCUGGAUCCCACGGCUCCUGUACGCCUUCCAGGACAAAGACAAUGUCUACCUGGCGAUGGAUUACCUCCCGGGUGGGGACCUGAUGGCCCUGAUGAACAGAUAUGAGGAGCAGUUUGAUGAGGCCAUGGCCCAGUUUUACCUGGCCGAACUAGUGGAGGCCAUCCAUGCUGUGCAUCAGAUGGGUUUUGUCCACAGAGACGUCAAACCAGAGAAUGUGCUCAUUGACCGCACUGGGCACAUCAAGCUGGCAGACUUUGGUUCAGCUGCCAAGCUCACUGCUAAUAAAAAGGUGUUUACCCCCAAGGUACCUGUCGGGACGCCGGACUACCUGUCCCCUGAGGUGUUGGGGGCUAUGAACGGGGGGUCCCAGUGUAGCUACGGCCUGGAGUGUGACUGGUGGUCACUAGGGAUCAUCGCCUACGAGAUGAUCUACAUGAAGUCUCCAUUCACCGAUGGCACCACCACCAAGACCACCCACAAUAUCAUGAACUUCCAGCGUUUUCUGAGGUUCCCCCAGGAUCCAAAGGCCAGUAAGCACUUUGUAGACCUGGUUCAGAGUCUACUCUGUGGAGCGCAGGAGCGGCUAGGCUUUGAGGAGCUCCGUUGUCACCCCUUCUUCUCCGCUGUAGACUGGAACAACCUGAGACAAGCCCUCCCUCCCUUCGUGCCGACGCUCCGCGCCGAAGAUGAUACCUCCAAUUUCGAGGAGCCUCCGGAGAAGCCUCGGCCCCGGCGAGCGGAUGCCCAGCGAGACCCCCCGCGGCCGGGCUUCCAGGGCCAGGACCUGCCCUUUCUAGGCUGGUUCUUCAGCAGGGCGUUGACAGCGCUGGCCAAGUCUGAGUCAGUGGCUUCAGGCCUCAACUCUCCUGCCAAAACCAACUCCAUGGAGAAAAAGCUUCAUAUUAAAAACAAAGAACUUCAAGAAACUCAAGACAAAUGUCACAAGAUGGAGCAGGAGAUCUCUAGGUUUCAGCGCAAGAUGACUGACCUGGAGUCAGUUCUGCACCAAAAGGAUGUGGAGCUCAAAGCCUCUGAGACCCAGAGGACCAUCCUGGAGCAGGACCUGGCCACCUACAUCACUGAGUGCAGCAGCUUAAAGCGCAGCCUGGAGGCAGCCCGUGUGGAGGUGUCUCAGGAGGAUGACAAGGCUCUGCAGCUGCUGCAUGACAUCAGAGAGCAGAGCAGCAAGCUGCAGGAGAUCAAGGAGCAGGAGUACCAUGCCCAGCUGGAGGAGAUGCAGGUCACCAUCCGGCAGCUGGAGGAGGACUUGUCUGCCGCCAGGCGCCGUAGUGACCUGUACGAGUCAGAGCUCCGAGACUCCCGGAACACCAGCGAGGAGCUCAAGAGGAAGGCUGUGGACUACCAGCAGAGGAUCCAGAAGGCGAAGGAGCAGGGUAAAGCUGAGGUGGAGGAGCUCCUUUCCAAACUGGAGAAGACCAAUGCUGAACAGCAAGUGAAAAUCCUGGAACUCCAAGACAAACUCUCCAAGGCGGUGAAAGCCAGUACAGAAGCCACAGAGCUGCUGCAGAACAUCCGGCAGGCUAAAGAACGUCUGGAGCAGGAGCUUGAGCGGCUGCGCGGAAAGGCCGACCCCAGCGACACCCUCCGACGACGUCUCAGAGAGACCGAGGAGGGCAGGAAGACCCUGGAGAACCAGGUGAAGCGUCUGGAGAUGGUGGAGCGACGAGAGAACAAGCUGAAGGAUGACAUCCAGACUAAAUCCCAGCAGAUCCAGCAGAUGGCUGAUAAGAUCCUGGAGCUGGAGGAGAACUUGAGGGAGACCCAAUCAACUGCCCAGCGGAUGGAGGCUCACCUGGUCCAGAAGGAGAGGCUCUAUGAGGACAAAAUUAAGGUUCUGGAGGCCCAGAUGAAGGUGGACCUGGCAGACAAGGAGAGCCUGGAGUCCAAACGGGCCCAGCACGAGGAAGAGGCCCGGGAGAAGUGUAAACUCCUCAGUGAACAAAAAGCGACCAUCAACGCCAUGGACUCCAAGAUGAAGAAUCUGGAGCAGCGGAUCACCGAGCUCUCUGAGGCCAACAAGUUAGCCGCUAACAGUAGUAUCUACACUCAGAAAAACAUGAAAGCCCAGGAGGAGAUGAUCUCGGAGCUGAGGCAGCAGAAGUUCUACCUAGAGUCCCAGGCGGGGAAGCUGGAGGCCCAGAACGCCAAGCUGGAGGAGCACCUUGAGAAGAUGAGUCAGCAGGAGCAAAGCAAGAGGAGCCGUCUGCUGGAGCUGGAGACCAGACUCCGAGAGAUGGGCCUGGAGCACGAAGAGCAGAAGCUGGAGAUCAAGCGCCAGGUGACGGAGUUGACAUUGUCGCUGCAGGAGCGGGAGUCUCAGAUUAGCGGGCUGCAGGCGGCACGCCACGCCCUGGAGAACCAGCUGCAACAGGCCAAGACCGAGCUGGAGGACACCACCGCCGAGGCCGAGGAGGAGAUCACUGCCCUCAGGGCCCACAGAGAUGAAAUCCAACGCAAGUUUGACGCCCUGAGAGACAGUUGCUCAGUGAUCACAGAUCUGGAGGAGCAGCUGACCCAGCUGAGCCAGGAGAACGCCGAGCUGAACAGACAGAACUUCUACCUGUCCAAGCAGCUGGACGAGGCCACGGACGAGACGGAUGACCGCCUGCAGCUGGGACAGGACGUGGACCGCCUCCGCCGCGAAGUGGCCGACCGAGAGAUGCACCUCAACAACCAGAAACAGAACAUUGAGACUCUGAAGACGACGUGCAGCAUGCUGGAGGAGCAGGUUGUGGAGCUGGAGAGUCUGAACGAUGAGCUGCUGGAGAAGGAGAGACAGUGGGAGGCCUGGAGGGGAGCCCUGGAGGACGAGAAGAACCAGGCGGAGAGGAGGACCCGAGACAUGCAGCGCCUGAUGGACAACGAGAAGCAGAAUAGGUUGCGUGCGGACCAGCGCAGUACCGAGUCCCGCCAGGCGGUGGAGCUAGCGGUCAGGGAGCACACGGCGGAGAUCGUGGCUCUGCAGCAAGCCCUGAAAGAACAGAGACUGAAGGCCGAGAGUCUCUCUGAUACGCUGAAUGACCUGGAGAAGAAGCACGCCAUGCUGGAGAUGAACGCCCGCACCCUGCAGCAGAAACUGGAGACAGAGAGGGAGUUGAAGCAGAGGCUGAUGGACGAGCAAGGCAAGCUGCAGCAGCAGAUGGACCUACAGAAGAGCCACAUCUUUCGUCUGACACAGGGCCUGCAGGAGGCUCUGGACCAGACUGACCUGCUGAAGACUGAGAGGACCGACCUGGAGUACCAGCUGGAGAACAUCCAGGCUGUUUAUUCUCAUGAGAAAGUCAAGAUGGAGGGCACCAUUUCUCAGCAGACCAAGCUGAUUGACUUCCUCCAGGCCAAAAUGGAUCAGCCCACCAAGAAAAAGAAGGGUAUCUUCGGGCGGCGGCGUGAUGAGCUGGCGCCCAAUGGGAACGGGGCUGGGGGUUCCGGGGCCCAGGCCCAGCCAGCACUGCCCAUGCAGUACAGCGACAUGAAGGUUGCCCUGGAGAAGGAAAGGACACGCUGCUCAGACCUGGAGGACGCCCUGCAGAAGAUGAGGAUAGAGCUGAGAUCACUAAGAGAAGAAGCGGCCCAUUUUAAAGCCUCAGAGCACGCCCCGGCCACGCCAGCCUCCGCCCGCCAGCAGAUCCUCAUGUCGGCCAUCGUCAAGUCCCCCGAGCGCCAGCCCAACCCCAGCAGCCUCCUGGCCCCCUCUAGCUCUGCACGAUGCAAGGAGAGCUCCACGCCCGAAGAGAAGCGAAGGGUAACUUUUGAAAAGUACGGGCGUCGCGUGAAGGAGAGGAUGCACCACAACAUCCCCCAUCGCUUCACCGUGGGACUCAACAUGAGGGCCACCAAGUGUUCUGUCUGCCUGGACACAGUGCACUUUGGACGCCAGGCCGCCACCUGCCUAGAGUGCAACACCCUCUGCCACCCCAAGUGCUCGCCCUGCCUCCCUGCCACGUGCGGCCUGCCGGCGGAGUACGCCACCCACUUCUCAGAGGCGUUGUGUCGGGAGAAGGCCAGCUCCCCUGCCCUGCAGCUCAAAGAGGCCACUGGCCACGUUCGCCUGGAGGGAUGGAUGAAACAACCCAGGAACUCCAAGCGAGGCCAGCAGGGCUGGGAGAGGAAGUACGUGGUGCUGGAUGGGACCAAGGUGUCCAUCUACGACGCUGAACCCAGAGAAGACUCUCUGAAGCCAGAGGAGGAGUUUGAGCUGUGUCUUCCUGAUGGAGAGGUGACCAUCCACGGAGCAGUGGGAGCCUCAGAGCUCAUCAACACGGCCAAGUCGGACACCCCUUACAUCCUGAAGCUGGAGUCUCACCCACACACCACCUGUUGGCCCGGCCAGUCCCUGUACUUCAUGGCUCCCAGCUUCCCAGACAAGCAGCGCUGGGUGGCUGUCCUGGAGUCAGUCGUAGCCGGCAGCAGGGGCUCCAAGGACAAGGUGGAGGCUGACGCGAAACUGUUGGGUAACUCUCUGCUGAAGCUGGAAGGAGACGACCGCCUGGACAUUAACUGUACCCUGCCCCUCACCGACCAGAUAGUGUUGGUUGGCUCUGAGGAGGGUCUGUAUGCCCUGAACGUCAUUAAAAACAGCCUGACUCACAUCCCAGGCCUGGCCUCCGUCUUCCAGAUCCAGAUUAUCAAGGAGCACGACAAGCUGCUCAUAAUUACUGGAGAGGAGCGGGCCCUGUGUCUGGUGGAGAUCAAGAAGGUGAAGCAGUCUCUGUCUCAGUCCCAUCUCCCGGCCCAGCCAGAUCUCAGCCCAUACAUCUUUGAGACCGUCAAGGGAUGCCACCUCUUCUCCUCUGGCAAGAUUGAGAAUGGCACGUGUAUCUGUGCCGCCAUGCCCAACAAGAUCACCAUCCUGCGCUACAACGACAGCCUCAAUAAGUUCUGUAUCAGGAAAGAGAUUGAGACGUCAGAGCCCUGCAGCUGUAUCCACUUCACAGGCUACAGCAUCAUCAUCGGCACCAACAAGUUCUACGAAAUGGAGAUGAAGCAGUACGUGCUGGAAGAGUUCCUGGAUAAGAACGAUGUGACGUUGGCCUCGGCCAUCUUUGCGGCCUCCUCCCACAGUUUCCCCAUCUCCAUCAUCCAGGUCACCCAGGCACCGCAGAAAGACGAGUACCUGCUCUGCUUCCACGAGUUUGGGGUGUUUGUGGACGCAUACGGCCGCAGGAGUCGAAGUGAGGACAUCAAAUGGAGCCGUCUGCCUCUCUCGUUUGCCUACAGAGAACCCUACCUGUUUGUGACCUACUUCAACUCGUUGGAUGUGAUCGAGGUCCAGGGCCACUCUGCUCUAGGGGCCCACUCGUACGCUCACCUGGACAUCCCCAACCCGCGCUACCUGGGCCCAGCCAUCUCCUCCGGAGCCAUUUACCUGGCAUCGUCCUACCAGAACAAGCUCCGGGUCAUCUGCUGUAAGGGCAACCUGGGACAGGAGGGGGAGCUGCAGAGGAAUGGCUCUGGACGCAGCCCCAACAAGCGUGGGCCGCCUUCCUACAACGAGCACAUCACCAAGCGCCUGGCGGCCAGCCCCGCGUUGCACAGUGACCCAGGCACGCCGCGCCGCUAUCGCGAGGCCCGCACCGAGUUCCGCCGCGAUAAGUCGCCCGGCCGCCCGCCGCACUCAGUGGAGAGGGAGAAGUCUCCAAGUGGCAGGAUGAUGAUGGACCCCCGUCUGGCCAGGUCUCCAGGAAGGGCCAUGGGGGGGGACCUACGCCUUGACCGCUCCCCAGGGAAGCUGAUGGACCGGGACGUGAGGAGGGAGAGGUCACCCGGCCGGGGGUUCGAGGAGCAGCAGCCUGGAGUUCGUCAGAGACUCCACACCAGCUCCGGUCGCACGCCCCUCACCACGGUCAACAAGGUGUGGGAUCAGUCAUCUGUUUGAGUGACAGCAGCGCUACAUCAAUCAGAAGAGUGACAUCCCCAGCACAGCACAUCACUCAGUUCUUACCAGGGUUAGGGAAGAGGAGCGGGGUCAGAAUACUGCAUCACCUAGAGAGCCCAAUAGGAAAAGCAGCUAAAGCGUUGAUGACCUACUGUCGAUGCUGAAUGUCAUGUGUAUGGGUUUUUACUAGAAUAAAUAAUAACAAUAAUAAUAAUAAUGUUGAUAUACAUUAACAAAUAAAAAAAAAAGUAUCCAACAUUUAAAGUCAGCAAGGACCAAAACAACAUUUGUCACAAACACUGACAAAAACGCUUGGAAUAUCUGCAAAAUUAAAUCCUGGAAACAGCACUUACAGAUGAGGCUUCAGAGUUUAGAAACACAACUAAAUGUUCUCCUGGAUUUGCUCUCACCCUGUGCAUAUCAGCUAGAUCAGUGGUGGGCAUCUCCUAGGGAUGCAGUGUGUGCAGGCUUUUGUUACAGCCCAGCACUAACACACCUCAUUCAAAUAAUCAACUAAUCCUAGUCUUUGAUUUACAUCAAGUGUAAUUAGGUGUGUGUGUGUUAGAGAUGAUAUGGAAUAAAGUCUACACACACACACACACACACACAGAGGCCCUCUAGUAUUGGUCCAUCCCUGAGCUAGAUGACUACAGCUGACACACUAAAACUGCGCUACCCACAAUCCCCAGCACCAGCUGGCUCUCGGGCCUUUAUAAAUCAUCACGAUGCUAUUUGACACUGUAAAUAGGCAGACUUAGGUUUAGUCCGAAAUUGUACCCUACUCCAUAUAUAGUGCACUACUUUUGUCAAAAGUAGUACACUUUAUAAAGAUUAGGGUGCCAUUUCAGACUGAGCCUGACUUUUUAUAGAUACUGAAAGGGAACCUCAAGGCUGGAAAAGCCACGUCUAUUUUUGUUAAAGAGAAAAGUGAUUGUUGUGUGUCCUCUUGAAUGUCAAAUGAAUAUUAUUCUUUUAAAAACGUCCUUUAUCAAGUGAGCAUUUUGCCCUGGUCCCAUCUUGUGUAAUGCACUUCCACACGCAAAAGCAAACUUACAUGCGGCUUGAGAAAUCAUUAAGCUUACAACCCACUACUUGAAUAUUUCUUUUUUUACCCCAAUCUCCCCUUACCUUGUGUAUACCCUCCAAAUUGUUGUUUAUGAUCGAUCGGCGAAGAAAAUAAUGUUCUUUGAUUAACUGAUUCUUAAGGCAUGGAUGUACUUAAAUGAGAAUGGAAAAUACAUAUCCUAUGAUCUUCAACUUCAUUUCAGUGAACUACAUGCGAUUCGACACUGGAGCAUGAGCGAUAAAGAAAGAAAGUUACAUGUUUUAGUUAGCCUUCAAUUUCCAUUUUCUUUCAAAUCCUCCUGAGCUACUAUGAGCGACAUUUUCCUACUGCUGAACACCUCUCGUGCAGCAAGAACAAAUAUGGUAUUUUCAGUCACAUAAGCCUACUCUUUAUACUUUAAUAUAUCUACUUACUUUUGAUUUACUUAUUCUUGAUAUUCAAAAAAAAAAAAUGUUUUAUUUAUGUUCAACCAAAUUCAGUGUAGCACUGAAAGGUCACGUAGCAAAUGCUUUUGGAACAGAUUGGCUUACAUGUGCAAUAAGAAAGCUUUUUCUCAUAUCCUCUAUACACAGAAGCAGACAUUUUUCGUUUUACUCAGCAUCGGGGUGGGAGUGAACAGGGUUGUAAAUCGAUUUUAAUUUCAGACUUGCUUACCAAUUUACCAUCUGCUACGUAAGUCCAACCUUCUUCUGUUUCAGAUUUCAGAAACUUUGCUGGAGCAAAGUACCAGUGAUGCACAGAUAUGAGCUAAACUUUAGAUAUGUGCAUUUUUGCGGAUUCCGUUUAGACGAGGAACAUGUCGCCCUGUGCUCGUUAUGAAGAUAUUGAUGUCUUACAAAUGCUAACAAAAGAUGUACUAGCUUUCCAUGUAGAGUUUUGGCGCACAAUAUUAAACAUAACCACUGUCUUUAA